CCCGGGCCCCCCCCGCCGCGGCGCCGAAGGAGUGGGCCGCUGCGGGGUGAAGCCCGUUCGGGCGGGCUGCGGGCGCGGGCUGCCGUGCCACCUGGCCGUGCGGCCGCUCGACCCCCUCGCCUACCCGGACGCCGACCGCGUGCUGGUCGCCGUGAGCGGCAUGGAGGGCGGGGCGCCGCACCUGGCCGGCCUGCACGUUGGGUACGACGAGGAGUCGAAGGAGGUGGCCAUCGUGUCGGACACCAUCGACCCCCAGGCGUCCGUGGAGGUGAACGCGCCCCUGAAGUUUGAUUUGAAUAUCAAGUCUUCAGGGUCUGGCUGUAUAAAAGUCCAAAAUAUUGAGUGUGAUAAUUGCAAAAUUGAAACUGAGCAGGGGACUAGCAUCUUACAGUCUGUUAAGAGUCAAAAAUUAUGUGUUCAAACGAAAGGAGGCAAAGUGAUCUGUCUGGGAACAAUUUAUGGAAAUAUAGAUAUUCAUGCAUCAGAUAAAAGUACUGUGACCAUAGAUAAACUGCAGGGAAGUUCUGUUAAUAUAUCUACUGAAGAUGGUUUGCUGAAAGCCAAGUAUCUUUACACAGAAUCAUCAUUUCUAUCUUCUGCUGCUGGGGAUAUAACACUAGGAAGUGUUCAUGGUAAUAUAACAUUACAAAGCAAAAUGGGUAACAUCACAGUAGAUUCGUCCUCUGGAUGUCUAAAAGCCUCAACUCAUCAGGGUGCCUUAGAUGUUUAUGUCAGCCAACUGGGGAAGGUGGAAUUGAAAUCCCAUAAAGGCUCUGUUCUUGUCAAGGUCCCAUCUUCUCUUCAAGUUCAUUUACAGUUAUCAGGAAAAGAGGUCAAUGUGAGCUCUGAAGUCCAAGUUCAAGAGAUGGCCGAAACUCGUAAAGAUGAUGGUGUAAUAAUUACUGGGCUCAUGAAUCAAGGAAGCAAACUUGAAAAAUGGAUUAAGGCUGAUGCCCCAAAAGGCACCGUAAGUUUUAGAAAUCAAAGCUGGUUUCAGUCCCUGAAACUGCAGGACUGAAUGGUUUGAGCCCGGCCGGUGUGGUUCAGUGGUUGAGCGUAGGCCUAUGAACCAGGAGGUCACAGUUUGAUUCCUGGUCAGGACACACGUACAGGUUUUGGGCUCGAUCCCCAGUAGGGGGCGUGCAGGAGGCAGCCAAUUAAUGAUUCCCUCUCAUCAUUGAUGUUUCUAUCUCUCCCUCCCCCUCUCUUUUUUAAAAAAGGAAUGAUUUAAGUUGUAUUUAUAAUUUUAAUAAUUAGUAGAUCAAUGGCUACAAAAAUACCACUGUUCAUAUAAAUAUUGAAAAUAACAAAUUGUAUGAGUAUUGGUGAAUUGUGUUUUUUGGGGGGGGGUGUCAAAAUUUGUACUUACCUAUUGUUUUAGUUUCCUUAUUGCUCUGUAACAUAUUGCUACAAACUUAUCGACUUAAAAUAACACUCAUUUAACAGCUCACAGUUCUGUAGGUCAAGAGCCUGGGCUAGAUUCUCCAUUCAGGGUACCCAUCAGGCUGAACUCAAGAUGUUGGCUGGACUGAGUUCUCAUUUGGCUGCUCUGGUAAAAUAAAAUAAAUCUUCCAAGCUCAUUCUUAUUGGUGGUAAAAUCUUGUUCCUUGUGACUGUAUGAGGUCUCCAUUUUCUUGCUGUUGGCAUUUGCUCUAAGCUUCUAGAGACUAACUAUAUCCCUUCUCAUAUGGCCCUGAUCAUCUUCUAGGCAGCAAUGAUGCAUUCAGUCUUUCUAAUACUUCUGACCUGUUCUGCAGCCACAUGGAGAGAACUCUGCUAUUAAAGGGCCCACUUGAUUAGGUCAGGCCUACCCAGGAUAAUCUUUGUUUUGUCAUAUAAUAUAACAUAAUUAUGAGAGUGAUGUCUCACAUAUUCACAGUUUCCACUCAUACUCAAGAAAUUAUACAAAGACAUAGGUAAUAGGGGGAGGGGGUUAGGGAGUUAUUUCAGAAUUUUUUGUACCAUAGGUCUUAUGUAAUGUUUUCUACUUGUAUUUAUUAUGACAUCAAAGUAAAUUUAAGUUGUGAAUAAAACACAUCAUAAAUAUGAUGUAA